AAGCCAAAUCGCUUUCAACCAUCCUCCGCAUCCUUUGCCUUCUUUCACAGUUCUCGAGUGCCGGUCCGCUCUUCACCCCUUUAAUCUUCUUACUCUCGGCCGGACCUUCCAAGUGCUAGACACUCUUCUGCUAUCAGGACGUUCACUACCUUGAGCAUAACACUACGCGAUUCCCUAGUCCUCCGAGCUUCGCAAAAUGUUCUUCAACGCUCUCCUUGCAUCUGUUGUUGUUGCGGCAUCUCUUGUCAGUCAGACGAGCGCGCACGGUACAAUCACCGCGGUCACCGGGGCUAACGGUGUGAACGCUGCUGGGUUUGGUAUCAUUGCCACGACCCCUCGCGAUGGCUCGAAAGCGAAUCCGUUCGAACAAGAUACUUCUGUUAUCAAGAAUCAAGAAAUUGCUUCGGGAAAAGUUGGUGUCUGUGGCCGUACCAAGGCGGGUGGAAACAAUGAUGUCGCUGCGCAACUUGCUGCUGCGUCCGCUGCCGGCCUUCCGACCGCAUCUGCCGACGGGACUGUCUCGAUGACGCUCCACCAAGUGAACGGGGAUGGCGCAGGUCCUUACACGUGCGAUGUAUCUGCCGACGGUGGCAACACAUUCAUCGCCGCGACUGUGACCACCCAAGUGCCGGGCAGGAACGGGCGCAGCCAGGCCAAGGCCCAAGAUUUCCCGCUCGAGGUCCAGAUGCCAGCUGCCAUGACAUGCGAAGGUGGCCCUAACGGCGAUGCGUGCAUCGUCCGCUGCCGCAACCCCGUGGGUCCCUUCGGUUCAUGCGUCGCCAUAGCUAGUGCAGAUUCCGCUUCAAACGCUACUGCCUCCGCCGCGCCUGCUGCAGUUGCUGGUGCCACAGCUGGUGCCGCAUCCGUUUCGAAUUCCACCGCUGCGGCCCCUGCCGCCGGCGCGGUUGCUUCCAGCGCAGCUGUGGCUGUGGCUGCCCCAUCUGCCGACAGCAAUGUCUCUGCCAGCGGACAGACUGCAGCCGCGACGAAGCAGGCGAAGGCGGCGAAGAACGCGAAGCGUAUCAUCACUUCGCGGGUCGCUGGCAAGAGAGCGGGAUAUUGGAUCGAUGCUUAG